AUGGCGGUUCUCCCCAUCCUCGAAUUCGAGGACAAAAUCUUGGAGACCGUGGCCCAGAAUUCCGUCGUGGUGAUCAUCGGAGAGACUGGCUCCGGGAAGAGCACUCAGCUAUCUCAGAUCCUGCAUCGGAGAGGGUACACGAGGAAGGGGAUUAUCGCCGUCACCCAGCCGCGUAGAGUGGCUGCUGUCUCUGUUGCCAGGUGAUCUGUCUCCAUCGCCUUCCUCUGCUUUCGCGAGGACGCGUACGCGACUGUCUGUGCGAUCCAUCUGUUGCGGGUUGCUUCUUGGCAUGUUCUGCAAUGGCUUGCACGUCAAAUCUAUUUGGUUCCCCCUAUUGGUAGCUCCUGCUAGAAUCUUUGGCAUUCGCUUUAUUUCCGACUGUUUUGCAGAUGAGCUGGUAGGAUUUUCGUGUCAGAUAACUUAAGAGUUGUUAGCCCAUUUCUGAGGUUCCUUCUGAGGCCUGUUCUAUUCAGUUGCUUGGGUCUUCAAUGACUUUAUUUGCUCUUGCUAGCUUGGUUCCUCUGGUGGUUUUUGUUUUCUUUGCUGUUCAUGCUACAUUGCCGAACAAACGUGUUAGCGUAAACUUCAUUUAACGUCAGCGGUCUUACGGUUAAUUUAUCUGCAGAAGUAGGGUUUCAGCGAAGUAUUAUUAUUAUUAUUAUUAUUAUUAUUUGCAUGGCCAAGAGAAUAUUAAUCAGUGCACUUUAAUCCAGCAUGAAACCCGUUUUCUUCCAGAAUACUCCAUAUCAAUGAGUCCUAGCUGGCCAAGUGGACCCUAACCUCAUACGUAGGAUCUCUCACGAUGACUGAUGAUAGGUUGCGGGGAAAAGGCUUCACACGGUCGUAAAAUGUUUCAUAUUUUGACGUAUUUUUCUACCAAGCAGUACCUUUUUUUAUGAACUUGAAAUGUUUAGGGCCAACAAAGUCAGAUAUAGUAUAUAUAUCUACAUAUAUCGGAUGGUUUCUUCUAUACAGUUGUGUGUGAAUGCAUUUGUAUUCUAGUGUUUACAGCAGUUGUUUCUCUAGUGGAGAGUGUAGACAAUGAAAUAAACAAAGGUGUGCAAGUUUCUGUUAUUUUCUUUGAGUGUUUCUGUGCUUUAGCAUGUAAUGAUUGCAACCCUGAUAGGGAGAUAAGCUGCAUGACACGGAGGUGAUCACUGAAAUGAGUUUACUCACAGUUUACCAUCGGUUACAAAGCAUAGUUACCAUUUAGGUAAGAUACCUAGUUGUUCAUGGUCCUGGUUUCAAAAAUGUGCACUAGUAGCACCUAUGGUGUGCUAAAAUCGUAGUUACCUUGACGGAGCUAGCUAUUGACUUAUGGCCGAGGAGAAAAAAAUGUGAUUGGUAUCAUAUGGUCCCAGCUGAAUAUCUAGUAUCAACCAUGGGGUAUGGUUACUAGUGCAGAGGAUUAUCGGAAUAACUAGUGAAGAUUGGAUAGAUCUGUUAAUAUUCGGUGAUGUAACGUUGUGAGGGGUUUACGUUUUCCAAACCCUGUCAACUAAACUUUGACGAAGAGGAUUGUAAAUAUAGAUAAAAUUAUGGAUGCAAAAAGCUAUAGUUGUGUUUUAGUUGGAGACGAAACAUUUUUCCUUCUGCACUUAUUGAUGUGCUAGCAAUGAUAAAUCAAUUCGAGAGUUGAUGAGGCCAGUAGGUUGUUCUCUCUCCCUCUUGAUGUUAUUUGCACGUGUUUCUCUUUGAGUAUGUGUAAAUGUAUGUGCCGAUUUUGCUGUAUGUUGUUCGCUGAUUAGUUUUCAACUUGACUUUGUUUUAGGAUGCUAAAGGGUUAUCCUUAUUUUUUUUCAUCCUCACCUUGUCAAUGAAACCUUGAGUUAUUAACUUCCUGUUGACUUAGAACUUGGAAGAUCACAACAGAUAACUUGGGAUUUUAUUUUUUUUGAUGAUUAUAAUGAAAAGUAAAUCUCUGGUUGAUUAGUAACAUAGCUACUGAUUUGAUGUUCAUUUUCGCUGUUUUGCAUAAGGAAAUUUAUUGCGUAUCAAUUAUAUGUAACUUACUUAGGAAAUGCACAUGAGCUAGGUGUAUUCACUCGUUUUUUGCAUUCAUCCAUGUUUUGCGUAUCAAUUAUAUCGCUGUUGUACAUUCAAUCAUGUUUUCUUUGUCUGAUGUAGUCGCAUUUUACUGUCCAUAGGAGGGUGGCACAAGAGCUAGGUGUUCGGCUUGGUGAUGAAGUGGGUUAUACCAUUCGUUUUGAGGACCGGACGUCAGAGAACACUCGGAUCAAGUAGAACCCACUUGGUCAAAUACCAGAAGCUUUUUGAAUCUAUUUAUUAACGAUGUUUAUCGAAUUUUCCUUGUGGAACUUUCAGGUACCUUACAGAUGGCUGCCUUCUUCGUGAAAGUUUAUCAUGUAUGGAUCUGAGUAAAUAUUCUGUCAUUAUAUUGGAUGAAGCUCAUGAGAGGAGCUUAAACACGUAAAUUUCUCACCUAUUUCUGUUUCUUCCUUAUUCUGACAAAAUUUUACGCGGGCUACAAUUUUCAAUCCCUUUAGUUGAUACCAAAACACUUUUUUUUAAACCCAAGCACUAGUAACUCAAGUGAUUUUGCUUUGGUUUUCUUAAACCGUUUCAUAUAAAAAGUUAUACAGAUGUUCUCACUCUUUACUUUCUAUUAUAAGUUGGAUGACUUUGCAUUGCUAAUUGUGCGAUGAGAGUUUUUAGAAACAUAGAUCCGAUGCAUCUAUUAGAAUAGAGGAGUAGAAAAUCAGAUUACCGUUUGAUAUAUCAUUUCUUGUUGAUUCUGUUUAAGAUAAAACAAAAAAUGAUAUUUCUAUCAGUGGAAUUUUGACUGUAGAAGUACAUGGUUCAGUCCAAAGUGUUGUCUAAUUUCAAGGAAAAACGCCUUGGAAAUUCGGUCUGUUUCGGUUUCAAGCUUUUAAAUGUUUUCAGGUUUGUUUCUAUGGUCAUCCAACAUGUAGGAUUAGUGGCUAUGACGAUUUGAAAACUAGAAAAGCUCGAAAUUCUCUGGCUGUAUCGAAUGAUUGGUGGCUAUGGCAAAUGACCAGUGUUCUGUGUUCUCCUUUCAGACCAAAUUUUCCGCUGGGCUAUCGUCUUGUUGGUUCAGUCUUUUUUUGUUAUGAAAAUUGAUGGCAUUCCUGAAUCAGGAGGUCGUGGUCCUAGAAUGAUCUGCAAUAUUUGUGCAGACUGUGAAAAUGUUGUCUAGAAGUUUUUUAAAGAGCGUAUUGAAAUUACUUUUUUACUGUUUUUUUAAUAUUUAAGGCCAAUUUGGUAACAUCAACUUUGAAAAAUGAUUGUCUAUAUUCAUCUUGCCUUUAUCGCUAUGAUCCAUUCAUAUGUUGUACUGUAGUAACCGAUCGUUUUUCACUUGUGACAAGGACACGAUUUCUUUUCAUCAAACAUUCUAUGGAUUUUAACUGAAGGGGAUCUUUGAGGCUUCUGGCCUUAAACAUGACGGACGUUAAUGUAUAUUAAAUAUACUGAGUGGAUGCUUGUUCGGUAUUUCCAUUGCAUCCUGUAUUUCAGCGAAACUUUACUUAUGGUUGAGAACUGAAAACUUUAUUUAUGUAUGAAAUGUUUUUUGGGCAGCGACAUUCUACUCGGGUUGAUGAAACGUUUGGUUAAAUUGCGGUCCUCAAAUCUCAAGGUUCUCAUCACUUCAGCAACGCUUGAUGGCGUCAAAGUAUCCAAAUUUUUCUCUAGUUGCCCAGUAUUGAAUGUACCAGGGACAUUGUUUCCAGUGGAAAAACUCUACAGCAGGGAGCGUCCAACAAACUACAUUGAAUCUUCAUUGAAAACUGCCCUAGGUAUGAUUUGAGAAUUGAAUAUGGCAUCCUUGAUUCACAACUGAUAUAUUUGUCCAACCACAUCAGAAGAAUAUGAUUUUGGGUUUUUUAAUCACCUUUCGUACGAAUUUUCUUUAUGAAUAAUUCUCUACUAUCUUAAUGUGUUUCUUUGAUCCAUCUUCAUAGUGAAAAAUGGAGGUCAUCGUGUACCUUGGAGACUGCUAAUUCUUAGCAUUGCAUUCUAAUAUAGACAGGUAGAAAAUUUGUUUAGAUUAUUGAGAGGGUGUGAUGUCAUACCAUGUAAGCAUUGAUUAUCUCUAGAUGUUGCGCAUCAUCAGUGUAUUCUGUAAGAUUCAGAACUGUUCAAUGGUAUUGGUCGCAGAUAUCAUUUAUAUCUUUUUUUUGUGCAAAAUAAUACUUAUUAAGUCAAGAACGUAAUAUCAUGCUUGAGCACGUCCAAAAUUGAUACAAUCUAUCCAGUUGAUGCCAGCUUAGUGUUCUGCCUAUGCACUCAAGGAUGGUUGAAUGUUUAGUAGAGGGAUUUAUGACUCGUUUUCUGUGUUUCUCAUGGUAACGAUUGAAGGGAAAAAAACUUCACUUGCUUUAAUAAAUAGUAAGACUGCAUUUCUCUUCAAUAAAGCUAUGGGAACCUAGUUUAUUACUUUUUACAUGAUAAUUUCAGUAAUGGGAUAAAUUAUUGGGGGCUGUCUGUUUAAUCUAUUCGACCUCAACAUGUGCGCGAGUGGUUAAUUUUUUGUCAAACUUAUGUUUUCAUUGUUUCAAACGUUCAAAUGUGAACUUUUAUGUAUUUGGUUCUUGAUAAUGAGAAUUUGUUAGCCUUCUGAGUUCGUCUCCCUUUCUUGUUAUAAAGUCAUCUUCUUGUUUUGCUACAUCUCUCUUGAUGCUUUUGUCGGUCAGGAAGGUGGAAGAGUUCACUCAAAUGACAUCCUGGCAGCAAUAAUGGUUCAGGAAAAUGAAAUAGAGUUACCUUUUGUGGGUGAAGUAAAAGGGUUUGAUUCCUCAAACAAAUGUCCAUACUUAGUCAAGGGUAUUCCUGGUUUAUCUGGUAAUCAAGAGUGUAGCACGAUAAGGAGAGUGUGGGCAACAUCAAUCUUAAGAAAUGUCCCUAACGUAAGAGUACAGCAAUGCCUUCAACUCUGUUGGACAAUCGUUUUUUGUUUCAUAAUCAGAAUUUUGGAAGUUUGGCAUAUGUAGGCCUAUUUGAUUGUUUCCAGUUGUCUUUUGGAGAGGUCCUAGUAGGGUUUCUUCUCAUCUCAAUACUUUUAAGUUAUUUCUGCCGCUUCAUGGAUGCUGAUAAUUGUUAAAUUGAUGGCGACAUUGAAAUUUCAUUAUGGUGAGUGUGCAAGGAUCAUAAAUUCGGUGUGUUGGGAACCUGCAACUUGGAUUGUUUUAACAUUUCUCCCGAGGUCAGGUGGUGAGGGAUAAUGGAUGAACCGAGAGGAAGAUACAUUGCUGAUUGAUAUUGUCAUUGUGACGGUGAGGCAUCCUCCCUGGAACUGUGAACAUUGUUUCCCAAAUUCAUCCAAGCAUGCACUGAUGAAUUUUUGACAAGGUGAUCAUUAUGGGCUCCCAUAUGAAAGUUUUCGUGUCGUCAAAGGGUCAGAUGGUUAUAACAUUUGAGAACAUUUGUGCAUAAUAGAAGGUCCAGUUUAACUUAUGCCACUUUGUUAUCUGUAUCAUGCAACCCAUAAUGCCAGCUCAAUGUUCAUUGAACUUAUUGUUUAUAGUCUCUGUGAGGCUAGUUGUCUGCAUGCCUUGUCAUUUUUAAAAAGAGAUACGGCUACCAUCAUUGAGAAAUGUCUGAAAAUAUGUGUCUGUGAACGUACAUACAUAUAUGUGCACAUUAUUUUUCUUGAAACUAUUUAUAUCCCGCUAUAUUUUCACCUUAUACAUACGUGAAUGUUACUUUGCUCAAGUCUAUGCAUACACAUGGGGGAACAUUGUCCACAUAUGCAUUAGUUUACCUGACACUAUAUUUAUAUACGUGUGAAUUAGCAUAUCAUAACCUCAUCAAUAUAAUUUAUACAUUUUACUUGGGAUCAUUGUUUUUUUUUUCCUUUGAAUUGAUGCGAAAUCAAUCCAGGUUUUUGAUGAAGACAUAAGCUGUAAUCAGCAAUUACUAAUUGGUGCAUGUGGGUGUUAUUGCAUGUUUUCUCCAUUGUAGUGUAAUGUUCUCUCAUUAUAUCUAUGGCAAUCAGCACAAUAACACGAAGAAAAAAGAUUUGACGAGAGAACAACCAUCCAUGCUCCAAAAUAAUUAUUGAUUUUUUGUUUUCAAAUAAAGUGGCUUUGUCUAGACACUUGCUAUUUCCAUGUUUUGUUUAUUUGAUAUUUUUUUUGACAGAUAUUCAUACAACGGAACCAUCAGGUGAUAUCCUCAUAUUCAUGACGGGAAAGGUGUGCAAUUUGCUAAUUUACUUUUAGUGGUCUUAUUUUUGUUCUGCAGUUUGCUUGUAUGCUUUCGUAUAGAUAUCUCAGACCCUGCUUUUAUAUUAGGACGAUAUAGAUAAAAUGGUAAAAAAAUUGGAGGAAAGAAUCAUGGACCUAGAAGAAGGUUCUUGUAUGGAUGCUCUUGUCCUACCGCUUCAUGGAUCCUUGCCUCCUGAACUUCAGGUUCCAGUUUAUUUCUGACUUAUUUCCAUUGUUGUAUUUUCCUUUACCGUCCCAAAUAUUACCUAUAUCAUUAUAGUUCAUCAUUGAAAUAGUAUCUCGCGUAUUCUUCAAAUACUGGAAAUUCUUGUGCUGAACUCCUAGAAAAGAGCUCUCUUUUUCUUUCCUUCUGCUCUUUCAUUCAUUUUUAUCGACUUUCUCCUAACUUUUUCUUAACCUGGCUCAAUUCUCUAGCUUUCUAUUCAAUUUUUUUUGUAGAACAACACCUGAGCAUCUUCUUGAAAACUUUUUAAGCUAGUUUUUGUGUUACGUAUUCAAACUCAUCUACAAAAACUUAUCAAAUGGAAGUAUUAUUAAGCACCUAGUGGAAUCACACAAUCAACGUUCAGUAGAACACAGUGAAAUCUUGUUUUUUUUUUCGAAUUCGAAUUUCACUGAUUAAAUGAGGUUCAGCUCUGUAUGCUGGACUUUGGAUAUCACUUUUAAAGCUUUAAGGACGUCGUUUGUAGUCAAAUUCAGUAUUUGAAGGUUAAGCUGUCGAAACUUUCAAAGCAACGAUGGUUAGUAACUCAAGAUUAUUGAAUAAAUGGGGGAAAGAAAGAGAGCGUAUAUAUCUAUAAAUAUUAUCCUGUACGAACAUGGUGUAGGGAAUUUCUUUCAGUUGUUAUGGGUCAUUUUUGUCUCAUGCGGGAAGGGCAUCUGCAGCUGCAGCAGGAUUUGAGAAAGGAAUCGAUCCUGAUUUGGAACCUUUUCUUUCCACGACCCAUCUUAGUUGAGAUUCUUGUAUUUAUAUCUAAUUUUUAUUCUGGCUGAGCUAUCCUAUCCCAUCUAUAUCUUUUUCAUGGAUGAUUCAUGCCUAUUUUGACAUUUAUGUUUUACACAUAUAACAUGUAUCACUGUCAAGAGGGAAUUGUUUUAGUAUCUAGGUAACAUUUAAUAUUUAGAUAAGACAUUUAGAUUAAAAAGGAAUGGGAUAAACACUCAAUGGUUGGGUUGCGAUGAACUUCUGAUAUUUUCCGUAUUACGAAACAAAUAAACUAUCUUGGUUUUUUGUUAUUUGAUGCCACCUCAGAGAAACCGAAUGAAAAGGAUUCGUUUUUACUGCUUCUGCCUUGGACGUUACGUGAGAAGUUUUAUGGGUAACUUCAAAUCCUCUUAUCAAAAGAAUCACUACAGCAGAUCCAAAAGUUUAGUUCCUGCUUUGACAAUAUAAAUUGCGUUGUAAGCGUGUGUGGCAAACAAAAAAAUAAAAUAAGGAUAAAAAAAUGGAGGCCCGAUAUAUCAUUUGUGUAAGGAAUCAUUGUUCAUCUGUUGGCAUCACAGGUGAGAUUAGACUACUAAAUAGUCAGUUCCAUAUUUUGGUUACUUUCCUAAGGAGAAGAAACAUUGUGAAAAUGUUUGGAGGGCUCACCUAUGCCAUGAAUGACAUGAUCUUUUGGAUCCUAAUGUUCUUUGACCCCCAUCUUGUUGGUUUAGCCUAUUUGAAGAUUUCAUCUUCGUACCUCACAAUACAGUACCCAUACUAGUAUCCACCUUAAGUUUGACUGUCGAAUUACUGAUGUUGUCAUCCUUCCGAAACUUAAAUGUCUCACUUUUUUGUGAAUCAAACUGUCUUAAUGCAUGCCAUUUCCUAUUUAGUGUGAGUGACUGUUAUUUGAGAUAACCAUCAACCUAUUUAUGGGAAUUCUUGAAAUUUAAAGUCGUGUUUUUCUCUUCCAUUAGGUCCGCGUAUUCAGUCCACCGCCCCCAAAUUGUCGGCGAAUUAUUGUUGCCACAAACAUCGCUGAAACCUCCUUGACUGUUGAUGGUGUUGUGUAAGCCCUAAUUUAAAAAAUGCUAUUUGCUUGAAGUUAAAUGUUAUGACUGCUUCUUUCAUUUGUCAGAUACUAGGUUGUUCAUAUUUGUUGAUUACAUCUGUCAUGCUGACCUUACUACAAGGUGCGGUCAUCACAGCAGGACUACGGGCAAAAACGUCAGAUUGUUUCUGGCUAAACAAAAUAUGAACCUAUGAAAUGGGAUUUAUGCUUUGUUAAAAUGCUGCCAGGCCCCAUAUAGUAGGGCAUAAUUAGUGAAAAACCGGUGGUUUGGGUUUAUUACUCUAGAGGAUGUUUCUGGAGCCACUCCCCUAGGAAAACAAUUUUCCUAUUGGCAACCAUGACUCUUAGCAAUAGUAGUCUGAUGUCUUUCCCACAGUUUUUCUUUUCUUUUUUGUCCAUUAGACAGCAUGUAUUCAAUGUUCAUAAUUCUGACUAAAUACAGGUUCUUUGAUUUUAUUUCAGAUAUGUUAUUGAUGCUGGUUAUGUGAAGCAACGCCAGUAUAACCCUUCUACGGGAAUGUAUUCUCUUGAUGUCGUGCAAAUUAGUAGGUACAUAAUCUCUACUAGUUUGAUGCUUGGGCUCACUUGGGAUUACAUUAUCUUUUAAUGGUUCUACUGCAAAGGGAUUGUCACAUAACUGUAUAUCAACUCUGAUUUUGCUUAAACAUUGCCUUGGUGGUAAAAUUAUGAUUUUGUAAUUGUGUGAGGACUUUUUGUUCCUCGAGACGGCAUCAGUUUUGAUUCUGAACAAAGUUUUGGAAAGUGAAUCUGGAAUUGGAGGAAUCUUAUUUCUAUUGAUUUCAUUCAUUCAUAUUCCUUAAAGGGAAAUAACGGUGACUACUUUGUCCCUUGUUAAGUUCAAUAAUCAUCUUCAAGAAUCAGCUACUUACAGAAAAAUACGGAUGAUACGAAAUCUGUCUUUUCUGUUUCUAGUCUGACAAUUUUAUUGCAAAUCUCCACCUUUGUGGACAUAUUUUAGGUUCAUAUGCGGGUCACGUUAAAACAACAGUUUAUCGGUGAUGUUGGCCAUGGGAAUCCACUUGGUUACAAUUAUUUUUUAAAGCCAGUUUGACUUACGAUUAGGAUUUUAUGAGUACAUAUGUGAUAAUGAUUGACAUAUGGGUCAGCCUCCGAUGUGUGUGCAUAUUAUGUAUCUGUACAUUUUAAUGCUCACUGCGUCUUGUAUCCUGUCGGCUUGAUUAUAUGUCGUUGGAAAAUUCUAACUGCUUUGCAAACGGUGGUUGUUGGCAUUAAUUAUUAAUUUACUGAUUUUAAUAAGUUCGAAUAACUGUUCAAUGUGCUGUAUCGAUUGUGCAUUGUUUUUUAACUACAAAGGUCUAUUGAUCAGAGUACAAGCUGAUCAACGUGCAGGGCGUGCUGGAAGAACUCAGCCUGGAAAGUGUUAUCGGCUAUACCCCUCCAGGACAUACCUUGAGGAGUUUCUUGAUGCCACGGUUCCUGAAAUACAACGUUCAUCACUUGCUGGAACUGUUCUUUAUCUAAAAUCUCUUGAUCUUCCAGACCUCGACAUCCUACAUUUCGAUUUCCUUGACCCACCUUCACGUAAGAAAAUCAUUCUUUGAUUUUGAUAUCAAGUUGUCUUAUGUCAUGUGUACAUGUGUUCUGAGUUACAAGAGACGUUUAUGAUGUUCAACUCUUGCAUGGUUGUGCUGCUGCGUCUGCAGGUGAAUCUCUGGAAGAUGCUUUGAGACAGUUAUAUCUGAUUGAUGCCAUUGAUGAAAAUGGACUAAUAACGCAAAUUGGGCGGAAAAUGGCAGGUAGUUCUCCUUUUUCCCUCAUAGAUUCUUACAAUUUUUUCCUAUUUAUCUUGAAGGUACGAAAUAUUGACUUGGAUUUUAGACGACGGUGCUGAAAUCCUCAAUUUUAUCAAUUCUUGGGAUCUAUUAGAUCUACGAUCUUUUUUACCAGCUGAUUGUCCAGCUCCGUUGACCAAUUUUUCGGAGCCAAGAACAUAUAUGGAAAAUGAUUUGUUCCUCUUUCUCCAUUUUCUGAUUGACUUCUGGUCUAAGCUACUCAUCUUUAAGGCAAUAUGUGUCUCAAAUAAUAUUAAAAAGGCAGCUAUUGCCAUUUUGUAUAUCUUACCUCUUUCAUUUUGAUGACAAACAAGCUGAGGCCCUUACUGAAUUGUCCAAUGGGUUCACUUGCAGAUUCAUUACCGUUCCUUCGUAAUAAGUUAAGUCAUUAUGCGUCUGAUUCACAUGAUUUGUCUAUGUUCUAACUUCUUUGGUUGAUUUAUGCUGUGAAGAUCUUCAUUUUGAUCCCGUACUUGCGAAAUUUAGAUUGAAAUCGUCGUGGAAUACUCAGAUGGUCUCAAGUUUGUGUAGUCGUGAACAAUAUUGGUACUUGGAGUAAUCGGCAUGCAUGGCCAAUUGCGGACUGUCUUGGCUGAGUUAAGUGAAAAUAAUGACCAUGUAGGUCUUAGGACUUCUUAUGCGGGUACUACUGUAAUGGUCUAUUGAUGACGACUUUGCUCUGCUUCUAGAAUGUUGUUCUGCUCAGUGAAUGCGAGGGAGGAAAUUCUCUUAUUGAGGAUUGCAGUGAGACACGAUAGUCUGCAUUCAAAUAUUGAGGGGUACAUGGAAAAAGAGGAGUGAAACACGAAAAGGAAGUCAACCACCCCAGCCAUACUGGUAAUUCACCCACCCAUUCUAGCUAUACAUGGAAAACAUGGCACUGGUAUAAAAUGAUCUGAUAGGAGAAAAGUGUGAUUACGUUCCAACAACGAGGAGGGAGAGGGUAUAACUAAAUGGGUAGCAGAAGAUGGAGAAAGGCUUUGUGCGCAUGUGGUCUUGCUUGUGCGUACAAUUGUGUUUGUAUUAACACCCUUCAUGAUAUGCAUCCUAUUUUCUUCACGUGUGAUCUGUGGGAUGUGCAGAGCAGUUCGUGAUCAGUGUUGGAGCCUUACUUGAUGUAUAACCGUCACUGUUUUAAAUUCUGGCUAUCUAGCCUAAUUUUACUGCGCUGGCAUUUUGACUUUUGAUUUGUGCAGAGCUGCCUUUGGAACCUUCACUAUCUCGGACUCUGAUCGAAGCAAAUGAGUUGGGUUGUUUAUCUCAAGCUCUUACAGUUGCGGCCAUGCUGUCAGCAGAGAUAACACUGAAUGCUAGUCGAAGGUUACUGCAUCCAUUUUGUAUCUAGGGUUCUCAUUUUUUAUGAAUCUCUCACGCCUAUAUUUGUGGAAUCUUUUGAAUUGUGAGAUUGAUAUCUUAUGAAAUCUGAUUCACAAAAGUUAAGGCUUAAUCCGAUCUUCCCAUUCUCUAUUUUUGGAUUUAAGUCAUCUGGAAAAAUUAAAUUUAUCGCUUGUUGACAAAUUUGCAUAAUUGUGUUACUUCCAUCUCAAAAGACGAUGUUCCCUAUUAGGUUCCCAGUUUUUGACUUUUUCUAUGUAUUCGGAUAAUGAAUCAACUGAAUGCAUUACUCUGCACGGAUCCAGUUGUACCUCCCUCAGUGCUGAAUAUUUCUAACGUAUGCUUUUCAAAUGUGCAGUAAGGGCAAUCAUAAGAAAAGGAAGCAAUCUGCCCCAGUCUUGCCAGAUGGCUCUGGCUGGGGGGAUCAUAUUCAGUUGCUCCAAGUGUAUGAUAGCUGGGACAGAGCAGGUUACAGUCCAGAUUGGUGCAUAGAAAAUGACAUACAGGUACUUCCACCUUUGACUCUUAUAUAGGUUCUAUCUCUUGUACAGUGAUAAACUAUUUUAGGUUCCAAUGGCCUCUAUUUGAGGUGAAGUGGAUGAUUAUGAAGUCUAAUGUUUGUAAUUGAGGUAUUGAUGGCAUAUAAUGGAUCUUCAUUGUAGUAAUGUUUUUCACUGACGAAAAAUUGUAUUUGAGAGCUGUCCCCCUCUGAUUUCAAACAAAAAUCUGUAAUCUUCGAAUCAAAUGUUUCGCAGUGUGGAUUAUUUUUUUUUUAGAUCAAACAUUUGGAGUGCCGCUAUAAUGCUUUCAUGCAAUUAUGUAAAGUUUAACGGCUUCAUGAUAGUCAUUAUUUUCAUUGGUGGCAAGAUUUUAUUCGAGAGUUUACCCCUGGUGUCAAACAAAAUUUAUAAUCUAUAAUGCAUAAAACAAAGAGUUCACAGAUUGGGGGAAGAAAGGAAUUUUGAUCAAAGGCAUGUAGGGCUGCUGCAGUGCUAUAAUGCAUUUUUAUUUUUUUUUAACGUCCUUUAUGCAAUUUUGUCAUGGUCCAUUAAGUGUGGCUACUCGGGGAAUUUUUGGUCAAACCAUUACAUUGUGAAUCCAUUUUGCGUCAUACAUAACAUAUCCCUAUGUAUCAUUGACUACGCAUUUAGCUACAAUGUUGGAGCAUCAUUUUAUGAUCGCCAAUCAUUCGAGCAGCUUUAUUUGUUUAUUUUCCCGGGUGAUUUCUUCUCUGGAUGUUCUUGACGGGCCCCUCCUUGCAAACGUGAUCUAACUUUGAAUUUGACCAGCCAUUGAACCCUUUAAUGCCCACCCCUUUUCUACCAAUCGAAGAUUCUCAUAUUUUCAGCUGGACCUUGAUCCAUGAAUUCAAAGAUGUAGAAGUCAAGAGCGUCUAGAUUCGAUACCUUUGUCGGGUUCGGUCAGACACGCCGCUCAUCGCAUUCUGAAAAUUGCUGCAGGUACGUGGAAUGAUGUUUGCAAAGGACGUCCGUAAGCAACUCUGUCAGAUAAUGCAGAAGAUGGCGAAGGGUAACAUUUCAGUCCACUGGAUUUGGAUGGCGAAAUUCUCAUCCAUAGACAUUAAUUCAAUGCAACAUGCAACAUGCGUUUCAUUCCCCUAGUUCAAUAAGCCCAUGCUUCUUAAGUCCUUUCAGACAGCUCCAUGUCUAGGAUCUGUUCUAAUAUCGUGCAUGGAUGGCCCAGAUGUUUUCCUCAUAAAAAAGUACCUUUUUAUUUGCUUUUAUUCGCUCCCAUAUCACUUUGUAGCUCGGUUCUCCAGCUGAUAUUCCGAAUUUGGUAAUGGAAAGUAGUCAACUACUUCGACUGGAAGCUUAGAUGCUCAUGCUAUGUUGACUAUUGUCACAUGGGCCUUUGUCGUCUCAGAUUAUUAUGUUUGAUUAACAUGUCAGAUCCGGUAGAUGUGGACUCCAUUCCAAAACGGAGAGUAGUGGAAGAGGAUUACCAGAAGCUAAGGAGGGCUCUGUGCAAGGGCUAUGGAAACCAGCUUGCUGAGAGGAUGCUGCAUCACAAUGGCUAUAGGAGCAUCGGUUUUAGAUCACAGCUUGUCCAGGUGCCUGUCAAUUUCUCGAAAUCAAAUGAAGCAUUUUUUCUGGGUUUUCUAGUACUGGGUCAAUGCUGCCCAGUAGCUAAAUACGGCUAAAAAAAAAUCACAUCUUUACUGAUCAUUGUGCGUUGACUUCCACUGAUCGUUACUGCAGGUCCACCCGUCCUCCGUGCUGAAGGAAGAUGAAGACGGGCGCUUACCAGACUAUGUUGUGUACCAUGAGCUCAUGGCCACCCCGCACCCCUUUAUGAGGAGUGUUUGCUCAGUUGAGAUGUCGUGGGCUGUGCCCAUCUUGAGGAAGCUCGAUAAGCUGGAUGUCAACAAACUCAGGUCAUAUUCUUUUCAUAAUUCUCAGAUCUGGAUUUCUUUUCUUUUCUUUUCUUUUUUAAUUCGCUGCCAUGUUUCUUGAUUCAUCUUCCUGAAUCGAUCGUUUUGGUCUCACAGUGGAGCUUCUACUCCUCUGGAUGAGCCGGGCCAAGCAACUGUUGUCGUUGACUUGUCGAAGAAACAGAUCGGUGGGGAGAAAGACGUGGACGAUAAAAUACGAGCUGCUAGAGAGCGCUAUCUUGCCCGAAAAGGAAAGAAGUCUUAA